GGAACUUGUUUUCUUAUUGACCUUGUUUUACAGGAAAAACAGCAAUCAUUAUCAAUCCCUAGCACGGAUAAGUUAUCAGUCCGACGGCGAUCGCGGCUCUCUUCGAUCAACACGCUCUUUGGAACUCCAAGGAACAGCUUCGAUUCAACAAUGAUGCUCAGAAGUACCAAUCAGGAAAAACAGCAAUCAUUAUCAAUCCCUAGCACGGAUAAGUUAUCAGUCCGACGGCGAUCGCGGCUCUCUUCGAUCAACACGCUCUUUGGAACUCCAAGGAACAGCUUCGAUUCAACAAUGAUGCUCAGAAGUACCAAUCAGGAGAAAAUCUUGUCCGCAAAGAAGAAAGUAACCAGGAUGCUCAUGACGAUCGUUGCUGCGUUCGCUGUCUGCUGGCUGCCUAGUCAUCUGUGGUGGCUGCUCGUCCGGGCAUCAGAUUUGGCGGUGAGCUUGAAGAUUUGA